CAUCUUUCUUUCAUUAGACGAUCGGAUCAGAUGUCAAUCAACCAAGUCCCCUAUUUUUACAUAAGUAAGUAUACAAGUGGUGUGUGUAAAAUGUACUCUCAGUCAUCAACUCCCAACGUCCUGAUGCCCAGGACCACGAUUGUUAAACAGGCGUUGGAAAAAAAACACACGGCAACUUUGUUCCUGUUUCACGGCUCAGGCAGCAACGGCGAGGAUUUUAAGCAAUGGCUGGAUAUUCUUAACAGAUAUGAGCUGAGGUUUCCUCACUUGAAAAUUGUUUACGUGACCGCUCCGAUUCAGCCUUACACUCCAAACGGAGGCAUGCCUAGUCAUGUAUGGUUUAAUCGUUCAGCCAUCUCCAUCUGUGUUCCAGAGUUGAGGCAUUCUAUCAACCUGAUAUGCAAUAAGAUAUCAGAAUUGAUACACAGAGAAGUAUCGGAUGGAACUCCCAUCCACAGAAUAGCUGUCGGAGGGUUUUCAAUGGGUGGCUGUUUGGCCACUCAUCUGGCAUACAGAGUUAACAGGUCUUUGGCAGGUUGUAUAGUCAUGUCUUCCUUUUUGAAUGUCGGUUCGUCUGUGUAUGAGACAUUAACAUCGCAAGAUGCUAUCAAUGAGUCAAAAUGGCCUCAACUAUUACAGUUCCAUGGUACUGCCGACAAGAUUGUGCCUUUAGAUUGGGGAAAAAAAACAUUUGAUAAUUUACAGAAACAUGGUGUUCAAGGAACUUUUGUGCCAAUAGAAGGAGCGGAUCAUGAAAUAGUACAAAAUGAAUUAAGUUAUAUCAAAGACUGGUUAUCUAAUCUCUUUCCUGUGAUAGAAUAACUAAAUAAUGUAGUGAUGCGUCUUGUUAUGUCGUUAUAGGCGUCAAUGAUUUUUGUAGGUUGUUUUGAAAGUGAAAGUCAAAUAUGAAUAAUUUUUGAUCAUCAGUUGUACAUAUAUGUGUAAGCACGAAUUGAAAGUUUUAUUUUUGCUACUAAAAAAUAAAAUAACCAAAAAUGUGUAUUGCCACUCCAUAGUUCAAUCGUAAUUUGUAAGUAAAAUAGGAAUUAUCGACAUUACCUGCACAAAUUAUUCAUAUCAAAUGACUUGACAAUUCUUCAAUUGAAAUUUCAUCCAUUGAAAAUUGAAAUACCAAUUUUGUAUGAUGCUCCUGAUUUUAUGACAUGAGGAUUUUAAAUUUGUUUUAAGUUUUUUUUUGUUGUUUCAAACCUGAUACUUGAUGAAAUGAAAUAGAAUCUGAAAUAGAAUGCGCGCAAAACGUCUUCGAGCAACA